CCCCCCCGGUCCGACGGGUUGCAGGACUGACCACGGCGCAUGCACGCCCAACUUUGACUUGAUGCGUCCGCUGACAGUUUAAUAUGAUGGUAUUUCUGAACCCUCUCUGUCUUAACGGGCCUCAACCUGCACGCUCUGCCUUCUCAGAGCUCGCGCUACUUCCUGCGCUGUGAUUUGCUGUUGUUUGAGAGGAGGGGGUGGGGGCGGCGGCUUUGUGCCCUCUGCACGCUUUGAUCGGCCUUUUGAGAGACCCUGCAGGUUCUGAGGGGGCGCGGGCUUCCACUGUUACCACUAAGUACGAGACGGUCACAACCAGCCGCUGCGAAGGAAGCAGGAACCCCGAGGGAAUGCGGGGCGGGAAAAGGGCAUUAUGACACAGAAGUGCUCCCAGGAGAAGGAGGGGAGCGAUAUCUGAGCGGGACUCGGUGGACCCUGCAAACAGACAUGAAUAAUCGCUCCAUCGCCUGGUGGCUGAAACAGAUCGGGCUGCCGCAGUACGUCAAGGCACUAGAGGGAGAAUAUUAUGGUCUGGAGGGUUUGCUGGGUGUAACCGACGCGGAGCUGAAGGAUUCGGGGGUCGAGGAUGCGACGCACAGGGAGAUCAUCCUCGAUCAACUUUCAAGACACCGGCAGAGGCUGGAGCCGCGCUCUGGUGACCGUCACUGGCCAAUGAUCCAGCGUUCAAAUAGAAAAGUGUUCUAACCAACUCGUUCAUCAGGCGGCGAACAUAAUGCAUUGUGCUGCAUCUUAGGCCUGCAAAGUGACUAAGAGUGAAAAAUGAAAUGCUAUCAUCCCGGCAACGGUAUCACUUUCAGACCCCUCACAGUAUGCACGAAUUAAAGGAGUAGUGCAACAUUCAGGGAAACAAGUUUUGCACAUCUGGUUGAAGGUGACAGAAAUGACCAGAAUUGCAAAACUCUGCAGGAGAGCAAAAAGUGUUUCUUUAAAACAUCCUUCUUGCCGUCUCUCAGGUGUGCAGGUGGAGCGGAGGGUCAGCAGGAAGUACUCCCUGGGCUCGUCUGCGGAUGUGGUGAAGCCGGGGAAGGACCUGUUUCGUCAGAGCUUGUUGCCCCGCCUCCAACGCGCAGACAGGAAACAGCGUCUCUCCGCCUCCUGCUCGCAGCUCCGCCCCCUGAACGAGGACAACGUCAUCGGCGAGGCGGAGCGCUGUCAGGAGAGGAAACGCGGCAAGAGGAAGAGCGUCAGCGCAUACCUCAGCCAGCUGAAGGUGUUCGGCGGGCGCAAAGACAUGGACUCCUUCAAGAAGGAGCUGGAGGAGGAGCUGAAGCUCAGCACCGACGACCCGAGGAGCCACGCGUGGUUCCACGGACCGCUGAGCCGAGAGGCGGCAGAGUCUCUGUUCGAGAGGGACGGGGACUUCCUGGUCCGAGAGUCAAGCUCUUCCCCUGGCGACUACGUUCUGAGCUGCUUUUGGAAGGACGGGCCCAUGCACUUCAAGAUCAUACGCGUGAUCCUUCGUCCCAAAGAGGGUUACUCCCGGGAGCUGUUCCAGUUCGAGAAGGAUCGCUUCGACAACGUCCCCGCGCUGAUCCGCUUCUACGUGGGCGGCCGGCUGCCCAUCUCCCAGGGCUCUGGCGCCGUGAUCUUUCACCCGAUCACGCGGACCCUUCCCCUUCGCGUGAUCGCCGAGCGGGGCGUGGAGCCCCCCGCCAGGAGAGAGAAACCCUCUCAGGCCAACAUAAGGCGCAGCUUCAGUUCUGAACACGCGGACGCGCUGGAGGCCGUCAACCCACUGCUCAGGUGGGAGGAGGUCUGCGGGAACGUGGCCCAGGGUGAAGAAAGAGUAAACUCAAGCGUUUUUUAUUUUCUGGGUGGCAGGAGCGGAAGUCAGCCGGCCAACAUGGAGAACGUUGGUCGUGGACCUUCACUUCAGUCUGCACAGUCGGACAGCAACCUGCGCACGGGCGUUCCACAGAGCGCUCCUUCCAAGGACACGGAGCCCGCCCCCAUCUCGCCGGUGUUUCGCACGGGCAGCGAACCCCUGCUGAGCCCCCGGCCGCGACACACGCGCCCCUCCCACCCAGGUGGUGGUGUGACUCUGCGGGGGUCGGACGGGCAGCUGCACCCCAGAGCUCCUCCUAAACCUCUCAGGGUCUCUACAAUAUUUGGCAACGGCGUCCCGCCCCCACCCACCGACCCCUCCUCUUUCUACGACGAGCUGGUCAUCCAGGUGCCACAGGCCCGGCAGAAGGGUCACGUGGACCGACUGCGUGCGGAGGAGAAGUGGCAGAGCCGCGCCCGCCUCACCGAGACGUCCUUCGGCUUCCUGGAGGCACAGAAGAACGAAGAGGCGUCACAGCUGCCGCAGAAGAUGACGCCGCCGGGAGGGGAGGAUUGGCAUUUUCAGAAGCCACAAGUGGAGUCGGCCUCGUGCUUCCAGUUGGAUCAGUUUCACUCGAAGCUCUUGCCGGAGAACAACCGGCCUCUGGAGCCCGCCGUCCUGCUGGCACUCAAAGAGCUCUUCAACCGCUCCAAGGCCGAGGCCACCGCUCUGCACAUGCUCAGCGUCGACUGCCAGGUGGCGCGCAUCGUCGGCGUGACCGACGAGCAGAAGACGUCCAUGGGAGUCGGGUCGGGGCUGGAGCUCGUCACUCUGCCGCACGGAAGCCAGUUACGGAAGGAUUUGUUAGAAAGGCAUCAUCUAAUAGCGCUGGGAGUUGCUGUGGACAUCUUGGGCUGCACAGGAACCGUGAGCCAAAGGGCAACGGUCUUACAUAAACUAAUCUUAUUGGCCCAGGCCCUGAAAGAACACGCCCACAACCUGUACUCCUUCUCCGCCGUGAUGAAGGCUCUAGAUAUGCCCCAGAUAACGCGCCUGGAGAUGACGUGGCGAGCGCUGAGAAGGAACCACACGGACACGGCCGUUUUAUUUGAGAAGAAACUCAAACCCUUCAUGAACCUGCUGAACGACGGCGACGACUCCGUGGUCAGCGGACCCGUGGCCGUGCCGCACCUGGUCCCUCUGCUGAUGGCGAUGGAGGGCGACGACCCGGUGGAGGACAGCGAGCGGGGCUGCGAGCUUCUCUACGACGUCCUGCAGGCGGCUCGCAGGGCGGCGCUGCACGCGCCGGACUACCAGCAGCACGCGCGCGCUCUGCUCGCAGGAAGCUGGGAGCCCGUCCCCGAGCUGCUGGAGGCCUUCCGGACAGAGUUCGCCCUGCGUCUGCUCUGGGGUCAUUCGGGGUCGCUGGCCGACAAGGCGGAGCGCUACGAGAAGUUUGACAAGAUCCUCCAUGUGCUGUCGGAUAAGCUGGAGCCCGUGGUGAUCACCCCACUCCAGCCUGACCUUCUGACCUGACCCCCCCCCCGGGCUCCGAUUUUCAACCCGCGAAAAAGGGUGAGAGUCAGCACUUUCGGGACAGAGAGAUGAAAGUGAAAUGUUUUUAAGUGGAGCCUUCGGGGCGCGGCGGUCUCGCCCCCCCGACAUGUCACGGACAUAAAGGAGCAGUUAAUCACCUAUAAAAGGAAUCUUUCACUGUGAAAGGAGCUGUGUCGGAUUCAGAAGAUCUGGAACACAAGAAUCUGUUAACUUCUCGAAAUGUGCAAUGACGACGCUCAUCAACAUGAACGUGACUAAAACGGUUUGUGCGUGCGCUGCUGCUGGGAGGGACCACACUGGGAAUUUGUGUAUUUCUAAUGCAAUAAAUAUUUUUGGCCUGGAAUAUUUCUGAAAAGAAAAA